CACUUAUAUUAUAUACUUUAUACUUAUGUUUUAUUUUAUUUUACAGGAUUAAAACAUUAUACUUCUAAACUUCGAGAAUUCUCAGAUUUAACAGAAAUAAAUACUUUUGGAUUUCGAGGAGAAGCUCUUAGUUCACUUUGUUCCUUAGCUGAAUUAAGUAUUAUUACAAGACAUUGUACAAAUGAAUAUGGUUUUAAACUACAAUUUGAUCAUAAUGGUUUGCUACAAAAAAAAGAACCAUGUGCAAGAGAAAUAGGAACAACUGUAUAUGUGAAAAAUAUAUUUAAGUGUCUUCCUGUAAGAGUAAAAGAAUUUCAAAAAAAUCUUAAAAAGGAAUAUAUUCGUGCUAUUCAAAUAUUGUACAGUUAUUGCUUGAUUUCUACUGAAACAAAAAUAACGUGUACUAAUUCUGUCUCAGGCAAAGCUUCUAAUCUUGUAGUUAAUACUGUUAAUUCUAGUAACAUUUUAAAUAAUAUUAAUAUAAUAUUUGGCAAAAAAUCUUCAAAUGGACUUAUUAAAAUUGAAUUAUUACCCCCUGAUGAAUUGACAUUACAAGAAUACAAUUUACCAAAUAAUAUAAUUGUAGAUUUUGAAUGGGAUUGCUAUAUUAGUAAUUGUGAGCAUGAUGUUGGACGUUUUACUUCUGAUAGACAGUUUUUUUAUAUAAACGGUCGACCAUGUGAUUUAAUAAAAAUUAGUAAAUUAAUAAAUCAAAUUUAUCACAAAUAUAAUAAUAAACAAUAUCCGUUCAUUUUUCUGAAUUUGAAAUUAAAUAAAUAUUCAACUGAUAUUAAUGUAACUCCAAAUAAAAGAACUAUUUUAUGCACACAACAAAAUUUAAUAUUAGCAACUUUAAAAUAUAGUUUAACAUAUAAGUGGGAUAAAUUACAAGGAAAUUUGACUAUAAAUUCUUUAUCUAAAUUAAAUUUUGGAGUAAAAAGAACAAUUUCACCUACAAAUGAAGAUCGAUCAAUAAAAAAAUUGCAUAAAUUAAAUGAAAUAUCAGAUACAAAAUAUAUAAUAAAACAAAAUAUACAGUGUGAUAAUGAAAAUAAAAUUACUCAAUAUGAUAAUUCACAAAAUAAUAUAUCAAGUGAGAUAAAAAUAUUAAAUAGCAUAGAAAUGCCAAUAAGUAUUUUAACGAUAAAACAAAAACUUCAAGAAAAACAAAAUAUUUUAUCAAAAUAUACGACUUCAAAUACAACAAUCAAAUUUAAGGCAAAAAUGGAAGCAAAUGAAAAUUUAAAAGCUGAGAAUGAAUUGAAAACACAAUUAACAAAAGAUUCUUUUUUCAAGAUGGAGAUUAUAGGUCAAUUUAAUCUUGGUUUUAUAAUAACACGUUUAAAAGAAGAUCUCUUUAUUAUUGAUCAACAUGCUAGUGAUGAAAAAUAUCGUUUUGAAAAACUCAAUAAUGAAACUCAAUUAAAAACUCAAAAAUUAAUUAUUCCUAAAUUUUUAAAUAUUUCUACAGUUAAUGAAACAAUAUUAAUUGAACAUCAAAAAACAUUUGAAGAUAAUGGUUUCUUUUUUAAAAUAAAUUCUGAAGCUGAAUCUGGUCAUCGUAUUCAACUUACAGGAAUACCAGUUAGUGGUUAUUGGCAAUUUGGACAAGAAGAUAUUGAAGAAUUGAUUUUUCUUAUUAGAGAAGGUGGUGUAGAAAAUAAAGAAAAAAAUAUAUUUCGUCCAAGUCGAGUAAGACAAAUGUUAGCAUCAAGAGCUUGUCGUAGAGCAAUCAUGAUUGGUAAAGCUCUCAAUAAUAGUGAUAUGCAAAAAUUAAUUGCUCAAAUGGCACAAAUGAAAAAUCCUUGGAGUUGUCCUCAUGGUAGACCAACAAUAAGACAUUUAUUAUCAUUAAAUCUUAUAUACUAAUAAAACAUGUAUUAGUAUUUUAUGUAUUAUAUUAAUAUCUUCAUUCUAGUAUUAUUAUAUAUAUUUGAUAAAAAUAAAAAAUUUUACAAAAUGAAUAAGAAAA